UAUUAAACGUAACUUUAGCUUAAAGACAAAGUAUAAUACCCAUACGUAUUUUUUACUUAACUUUCCUGUACCGUAGUUUACUAACUAUGCCUAAUAGAGCAAUUGAGUGCUUAUUAUCCAACACCCAGCCCAUCAAAAUCCUGUGGGCCCAACAUCAAUUUUUCCCCUAACAUAGACAUCGUGGACAAAUAAUACGAACUAUUAAUGAAAGAGCAUUUUAUACCACUAAAUGUACUGCCUUAUUAAACCAUUGCGAAGUAGAAGUACAAGAAAAAAAAAACAAAAAACAUAACGUCGAACUUCCUUCAAAAGAGAUCUUUAGACCAUGCUCAAGCUCAUGCACCCUACAAGCCGGCCAGCAUAUAUGCAUUUAAAUUAAAUUAAAUUAAUUAAACUUAAUUAGGUAGCUGUAUUUAUGACUUGCUGUCAAACUACUACCUGCACACAGGCCGUAUGCUACCUGCUUUAUAAAGUCUGCUGUCUCUCCUUAUAUCUGCUACAAAUCAACCACACCACAGGUGUUAGCUUUCAUCAAAAGGAAAAACAAAGUUUGAAGCUUAAAUCAUCUAUUCACCUGCCACCCAGUACUUCCAAGAAAGUUCCAUGGCAGAGUUCAAUACACAACAUUGGCAGAACAAAGCUUCUCAUGAUCAUCCAUCGUCUUUCAUGGGAACGGGGAGCAGCAUUAAUAGCAUUCAAAUAGCUUAUCCAGGCAUAGUGACAUUGGAUAAUAAAUCUGGUAGUGUUUCUUCUGAUGAUCACCACAAUCAUCACUUCCCAUUAUCAUUUCCAGACUAUUCUUUCUUUGCACUCCACCACCAUUACUGUCCACAAGCUUUGGCUUCAACCCCAACUUUUGAGACACCUUCUGCUGCUGCUGGUGGUGCUGGUAUCACUCCAUCUUCUUCCAUUAACGUGGACGAAAAGGCGAGUUCGUCUGUCCGGAGAAGCAGGAAGAAGGCGUCGGAUAAUGAUGAAGUUGUUCAUGUUAGAGCGAGGAAAGGCCAAGCUACUGAUAGCCACAGUGCUGCUGAGAGGGUUAGAAGAGAGAAAAUAAACAAGAAGUUGAGAUGUUUGCAAGAGCUUGUUCCUGGAUGUCACAAGUCAAUGGGUAUGGCAGUAAUGCUAGAAGAGAUCAUCAACUAUGUAUGUUCUCUGCAGAAUCAAGUUGAGUUCCUCUCAAUGGAACUAGCAGCUGCUGCUGCAGCAAAUAGUGUCAACUUGGAAACACAGCCAUCCAGAUCAAUACCAAGGGCUUCUCUUCAGGGGGGAAAUUUAGCUGGGAGAGAAAACUAUGGAGAUGCUAAUGCUAGUACAGCAUGGUCAAUCUGAACUGUGACAGCAUAUUAUGCCAAAAACAAAUGUAGCCAGGAAGCAAAUUCUACAGCCAGUGAGGGUACAAGAAAACAAGCCCACAUGAACAUUUUGCCUUCUUGUCCAGUUCAUGCAUUUGCCCACCAGAAAAAAGGAAAUUUCCCACAGGUGUCCCUAUUUAUGUAACAUUAACACUAGAAUCAAAAGAGUCCACCCUACAACCAGCAGAAAAAAAGAGAUCAACCAUUUGUUAUGGAUUUUUUGUGGGGUUCUGUUGUAUUUGUCCAUUUCAUUCUGAAUUCAGUGGUACCUGGUUAUCCUUCUGUCUUUUGAGUCUUACAUUUGUUGUUUUGUCGUUGUUUGUGCUUGACUAUGGUGUGGCAUUUUUGGGCUCCCUGGAUGCGCCCUGUCGGAUAGAACAGCUGGUUUCACUGACUCAGUAGAUAGCUCAUUAAUGGAUGAGUAAUCGUUCAUGUAUCCAUAGCAGUAUACAGGAGAGAAAUUCUGGAGCACAAUCUCAUCAAUGGUCUCAGUAAUCAGUAUGUAGGAUAACAAGAAGACUGAAUCUAGAGCUCCAUUGUGGCGCAGAAGUGUUGGAAUCGACAUAAGUGGCCAAAUCCCCAAGUGGGAUAUAACAAAACCUUCAAUCGCUCACCAACAGACAUGUGAACACCAAAAGUGAACAAAAACAUUGUCAAGGAUUCCCCUCCUCCCGGCACAAAAAGUUGGAGGUUGCAGAUCACUUUGUAACUAAAUCCCACUUCUGGAAUCAAAUUAAUGGUUGAAAAUUGAAUGAUUUUUUCAAACAAGUCCAACGAGUACGAGGGUGUUUGAUUGAUGAUUUUUUAGAAUGAAACUAAAUUAAAUUA